AGUCGCCAUGAUCACGUCGCGAUCAUGAAAAGAACUCAAAGUCAAGUGAUAGUGGAUUAAUUGUUCAACCAACCAAAGAUACUGUGAUAGUUUAUUAUUAGGAAAAGUUUAUGUAACUUGUUUUGUGAUUACAUUGUGAUAUACUAUAGGAUUAUUUAUUGCAAGAUCCGGCUUAAAAGACAGCGUAAACUAAACAAAACCUAAAACAAAAAACAUUUAGUAUACGAACAUAAGUGUGAAUAAUAAAAUCAACCUAAACUAAAAAUGCGUGAAACUCUGCCCCCGUACGAGAUGGACGCUGGCGUUCAUAGUCACACCCCCACCGACCGCCUCCUACAACUACAACCCUGUGAUUCAACCAACUGUGACACAUGCACGGCACAGCACAAAACACUCCUCAAACCGCGGCGGAAUAUAAACUCACCUAGUGCUAAUUCCGGUAGUGGUGGUGCUUCAUCCUCCACAUCCAUCAUGUGGUGGCUGUCCGUGAUACUCACAUGGCUCCUCAUCGUCACGUCAAUGUUCACAUCCGUCGGUGCAUUCGGCAACGAAUUCGACAAAACCGAACAACUCCUUGAUCGGAUCAACCUGGAACAAAGCAUUGCGGCGGUCCUGCAAAAAGUCGCUUAUGGGAGCACCACGAAGCGGUCCAUUCCGGACAAUGCUUACCCAGUGACCACACUAGCAACACCCUUCCUCACCACAUUCCGCUACACGGACGGUGCGGAUGAAUACCUCCGCGUGGAUGUGAAAACCCCCGAGAAUCGGGAGAUACCCCGGUCGAAUUUUGACUACGAAGAGAAUUACGACAAUGGUGGGUAUGGGAGUGACUUGGAGAAGGACCAUGUCCUGCCCACGAGUGCCCCAGCCGCGGAUAUCUUGAAAAACAAUAAUAAUCAGAAUUAUGAUAAUCCGAAUCGGUAUAAAAACGACCGGAGUAAACCACACUAUGAGAGUUAUCCGGGUGGAUCAGCUGAGGGUGUUACCGAGGUACCCAUGGUCAAGACCACCACGAUGAAUGCGCUGCGGAAUGUGAGACCUACGAAGAGUAUCUAUAGUAAAGACGUUCCUAGUUAUGUUCCACCGAGUAGGACCUUUUUUACUCCUCCGUUACCUCCGGAGUAUUUAAAUCCGUUUGCUGAUAAACCCACGUUGAGGGGAACCAAUUCGGAUGGGUUCGCGAAUAGGAGACCCAUACCCCCACCGAGUCUCAUGCCGAAUAAGGAUCGGAUUCCUUUCCGGCCUGAUUUACCCCCGAGUAAAGUGAUCAACAUGGAAAGGGAAAGAACUCCAGAGAGGAGUAUGCCUUCCCUGGAACACACCAUCAAGAACCACACCAAUGAUGAUAAGGAUAAAGACAAGGAGAAGAAAAAAUCUCUCAAUACACCAUCGCAGAAUGCGAAAGUUGAUCACCUAGGAGAGUUUUAUGGAUUGAAUCGACAUAAUGAAUCCACGUUUGAGUAUGAAAAGGCCUACAUACCUUCAAUAACCAGGAUACUUUCCGGGUCGAAUGGCCGACGGGAUGAUAUACCUGAUAUCCUACUCAGGACGGUCACAGCCACGCCUAGCACAUCGAAGAGUGAGAAUAAAAAGACGAGGAAUCCGAGUUCCGUUGAGCAGAGUACCAAGAUUCAACAGCAGCAUAGACAUAUUGAGCAGAUACCGGAAGCAGCAGCUGCUGUACCCCCACCUGCGGGGACACCUCCCAAGAGGGAUGAAGGUGAUGAACCGAGGAGGGAUAUACCUCUACAACCUGCAAUAGGUAGUGGGGUAUCAUCAGGUUCUGGAGGUAAUCGUAGAGAAGAAAAAGAACGUUCUGAAUCUGUGAUUGUUCAGAAACCCAAAAAGGACCUCAUGGAGAAUGUGGACCUGACUACACAGUCUUCAGAGUUUAAUUUGCCGAAUGUCAUUGCUCCCAAUGUGACCAAAGCGUCUUCGGAUGAGAUAUGGUUCAUCGCUUGGAAUGUACAUGUCUAUCUCGUGGUAUUGUGCUAUAUCCUGCUUGCGAUUUAUUCCAUUUACAAACUGGUGAGGUAUGAGAAUGACCCGCAUAUGUUCACGAAGAGUUACUUCCUGACCAUUCAUCUGAUGCUGACUGUCAUCUGCGUAUUGAGGAUCUUCUAUCUCACGUAUGAUCCUUAUAAUGUUGAGAGGUCCUUCAAUGUAUUCCUCUAUGAUUUCCUGCAUAACUUCCCCCUGAGUUUACUGGCGACUACCUUUGCGAUUCUGAUCCUGUUUCUCCUGAAACACACUUUGACUCAUUUGAAGGUUAAAACUCGUCCGGUGUUUCUGGUCCUGUUUGGUCUCCUGCAUAUUAUGCUGUGCUUCACGUCUAGUUUACUGGAGACUCUGGGGUACUUCGAUAAAGCGUCUUUGGUCUUCUGCAAGACCAUUUUUGUUCUGCUUGCGUGGAGUCUUGGUGUGAGUUAUCUGUACCUCUAUAAAAUCAUCAAGAAUGUCCUUGCGAAGAAGUCGCAGAAUUUGAGUGAGGAGUGCACGGCCCGUACGAGUUACGCUUCGCAUAUUACCAUUGCGGUUGCACUGUUGUUUAUCCUCUUGGGAGUUGUACAACUCUACGCGUUGUUCUUCAUCAAAGUUGAUCGCUUUGAUGCUGAGAUUAAACACCAUUGGAUCCUGUGGUCUUUUGAGCUGAGUGUGAGGUUCAUUGAGAUUUGCAUCAUCACUCUGCUGGUGGUUGUGGUCUCGUUGAGGUUGUCACAGAGGGAGAAACAAACAGGUGGAUUACAACUCUUCCCCUGUACGACCAGUGAGACCUCCAGUGAUAAUAUGUAUCCGAACAACUGCAAUAGUAACCCGAAUGCGAUGAACUACAGCCGGCAGGAGAUGGUCCUGGAUACGUUGAAUCGUCAUCAGGAGAGGGAUAGGGAUCGGGAUAGAGAUGAUGUGAAUCAUUUGAAUAUGGGACUAGGGAUGAAUAUUACACAAAACGGGCAUGUGGGACACAAUGGGCAUGGGUACCCUGAUGGGUCUUUCGAUAUGAAGAAACCUUCUUCUGCUGCGGGUACAGGUAGUGGUUCGAAUAAUUCCGGAGGUACUUUGGAGAGGGAUCGUGAUCGGGAUUUUGAAAGAUUCGAACGCCCGAAAUGGGGCUCGGAGAGGAUGGGUUUUGAUAGAGUGUCUACCUCCUCGAGAAGCACCUCCAACGGGCAUAAGAACUACGACACUGCCAAGUAUUACAAGCCCAAAUACGCGCAACACCAACAAGAGAACCCCUACUCGGAACCAGUGGACCAGAAUCAAUACGAGCGCACGCGGCAUGAGUUCGAACGGAAUGACUUCGAUCGCCGCAGCCGGAACUCAUCCAAUACUUCAGGUCGUAGGUCCACCACGGGCCGCAGCAGGAAGAAUCAUCCACGGCCACAUCUCGGGGUGCAGACCCUGCCGAGUCACGAUAGACACACACCACCGAUUUUGGGUCAGACUGGUGGUGCCCAAGGUCAGCCGAAUCCCAACCUCACCGAGACGAUGAUCGUCGACGAGCAGGGUUUCGUGCGCUUCAGGCACAUGCAGGACCUCGAGUACAAUGACCGCGCCAAGCGGCACAAGCACGCCAUCCUCAACGACGUCAACCACUACUCGGACGCCUGAUUCGUCACCGCCGAGGGGGACAUUGCCGAGGUGUGACCCUCACGAGAAGGUGGGAGAAACUACGAGUAAGACCACGGUACCAUUUUCUGUCUGUCUCUCCGUACUUAAACGAUUUACUCGACGGGUGUUUACGAAUUUUUAGACUCGAACUCGGCGUAUAUAUUGCAGACGCAAAAAAUUAUUAAGAAAUUAAUAACGAAAAACAAAAUGCAAUGCGUAUUUAGUGCGUGGUGUCCUUGUCUGUGUUUUAAGUGAAUCCUUUUUUAUUGUACAUAGCGUAAUACACACAACACACACACACAUACACACAUUGAAUUUGUUUUUUGAAAGCAGAUUUACGUAUUGACUUGGAACGAACAAAAGGCUUUAGAUUAUUUAGAUUAAUAUCUUUUUUAUUAAUUGAUGAUGUGGAAAUUUUUAGGCCUAUUUGUGUUAGGAAAUUGUGAUUUGGCACGGUGCUGCGCGUUGUCAAUGGUUCAGACUGAGAAACAUUUAUUUAUUUUUUCGUUCAACAUCACAUUUUUUACUCAUCGUCAUAAUUAUUAAAUUAAAUUUAAAAAGAAAUUAAAAACAGUUUGCAGUAGGAUUUAUAAGAAAAUGUUUAUACUGCGAACGCAAACCGUCCAAUUGAAUUGCAGAUAGACCCGAGUGUGUGGAGCCACGCCCUCUUGCGACUUUUCUCUAGGUGUGUUUUGAGGUUAUAGAGAAAUACAUACAUGUUCGAUUGGUCCGUAAGCGUCGGGGCGUGGCCGCGCGACUGCCCCGCGCCCGCGGCAAAGUGUUUUUUGUACAUAUAGCGAUUAAGUGUAAGUAAAAUAGCUACGUAUAUUGCCAAUAUGAGUAUUCCUAAUUAUAAUUUAUUGUUAAACGUUUAACGGACGCUGAAUUACGAAGGGGGCGGAGCAUGUGCAGGAAACACGCCUACUUUGAGCAGCCAAUCAGAGAAUUUUAAUCGAAACACGCCAUGUUUUUAUGAUUUAAAUAUUUCACAACUAACAAUAUUUAUAAUAAGAAUAAUUACAGCCAUUUUGUUAUUAAAUAAUAAUUAAUUAUUUAUUAAAAAAUGGUUUUAGUACAAAUAUUACACAACUACAACGAGACUGAUGAUUUUGCGCCAGAUUUUGCUAUUUUUUGUUUAUAUUAAUAACAAUUGUGAUAAUUUGAUGCAUUUUUGUGAAAAGUAGGCGUGUUUUGAAUAAUAUACACUACGCUCGGGUUGAAAUAAGCGAUGACAAACAUCAAACACAAGUUGCGACUUAAAACGAUACAAAUUUUAGUAAUGUUCAUAUAGUUUUAUUAGGUGAUAAGUGAUAAGAUACUUACCGUUUAGGCGCCCAUAGCUUUCGGAUGUUGUAACACGGCGAAUCAUCGACGAAUUUUGAUUUUUAUUUUGAUUUUUAUUUUUUGUAAUAUUUAUAUGUAAUCCCUGUCCACUUUUUUAUGAUUUUGUACAUAUUUAUUUUUUAUUGCAAUAUAUUAUUAUUUUUACCUCUGUGUUUCUGUCCGAUAAGUAUCUAGUGCCAACUCUGAUUGAUCUGAUCUCCACCACUCGAAACACACUGUAUGCGCAUAUAUUUGUAACUCUCUCUCAUAUGUAAACUAAUCUUUCUCUCUUUAACUCACGCAUCGUAAGCAUGACUUAUAAAUUAAGCGCCGCAUUAAACGUAAUAACUGUCAAUACUCUGUCUUGAACGAAGCAAACAAGUGUCAUAACCUAACUUAACAAUGCAACCAAAUGUCUACAUCUAUAUUUACAUUUACUAGUAACGAGAUGAAUUUCACACGACACCCUGUAUGAUCCCUUGUGUAUUGUGUAUGUUUGGUUAUGUUGCCCUGAACGUACCACCACCCCGACACACGAAACUAAACUAGAGAAUAUUUAUAUAUUGAACAUGAAAAAAAUAAUUAAUUAUUGAUGAGUGAGAGCGUGACGAGAGGUUGAUGUGACGAUGUGAUCUAUUAAAGCUAAACGAAUGCCCCCCGGGAGAAAAAAGAAGAAGCAAAAGUUGAUGUGUAAUUUUUCAUACUAAACGCGUGUAAUGCUGCAACCCUUUCAACACACAACACACAGAUACAUGAUACGCUAGCGCGCAUGCGCACAUCUCUCACACAUACACGAAACAAGGAAUAAAUCUACAUUUACACUCACCGUACACGUUAAGAGUAAAUAAACAAUUGUAUAAGAUUAUUAUCUCUACUAAGGAGCGGCGAUGAUGAUGAUUAUUAUUAAUAACAAAGGUUUACUAAGAAAAUUUCAAUGAAAAACAAAAAAAUCGUAAAUGAAGGCCUCUAAUAAUUAAUGAUAACUGAAUGCAGUGCGCGCGAAUAUUUAAAUAAAUAAACAAAUGCAUUUGAAAGCGAUUCGAUUUUGUUAUAUGAACUUUUUGAAGAUACUAUACUAUACAAUAUAUGAAUAUUGAUAAACGAAGUUUAAGAAAUAAUUAAACAACACGACGUGGACGCGGUGGAAUAAAAGAAUGAACAAUUGUAUUAUAUUAUUGUAUAAAUAUACUCUAAGCAAAAUGGA